AUGAUUUUUAAUAAUAGGAAAAGAGCGAAAAAAAAAAAUGGAAUAUAUAUAUGUGCAAUUUUUCUUAUUCUUUCCUUAACAAUUGAAAUCAACAAAUGUAUAAUAAAAAAUAAUUACAACAAUAAAUGCUCACCGAUUGGUUUGAAGCAAAAUAAUUUGUUCGAAUGCGCAAAUUUGAAUACAAGAAUAAUAAGAGAUAAAACCAAUUAUUUUACAAUGUAUAAUACAAAAAAAGAAAGAUCACAAUUUUUCUUUUUAAACAAUAUAUUCCAAAUUAAUGAAAAUGAUACUAGAAAUAAAAUAAAUAAUUUGUGGAUAAAAAAAAGGUGUAAUUUGUUAUCUGAUUAUAAACGGGAAAAUAUAAAGAUAAAUAAGAAUAGAAUCAUUCCAAUUAAAUUUUUGACAUAUGUAGAAAAACAAAUAAACGACAAAUAUAUGGAGAUAAAGGGAAUAUGUACUAGUGAAAAUAGUGUUGAUAUACAAAAUGAAAGUGGUAUAAUUACAAAAAGUUAUGAUUUAAUAAAACAUAUAAAUUAUGACUUUAAAGAAGAAUGUAAUGAUAUAAUGAUAAGGACAGGAAAUUUUUUAGAGGUUUCGCCUAAUUUAAUAUUUAAAUAUGUUUGUGUGAAAUUAAAUAAGUUAUAUACAAAUUUAUACACAUAUGAUAAUGAAAAUACUCCAUUUUGUAGUACUGAACAUACAUUAAACAUAACUGAAGAUGUUAUAAAACAUAAUAAAUUUAAAAUAUAUAGUGUUUUGGGGUUAAAAAUAUUGCAAUUAUUUUUAAUUAAAUAUUUGAGAAGUAUCAAAUUAUGUAUUCCUAUAGAAGUCCGAAAAAGAUAUAUUUACGAUUUUCUAAAAAUUGAGUAUAUAUCCAAAGUAUAUGAUGAGAAAUAUAAUUUGAUUGACAAAAAUAUCUUUAACAAUAUUCCAGACAAACUGAAAGCUAAACUUAUAUAUCUUUAUAUAGCAUUAUACCCCCAAAAUGUUCCAAAUGUUUUAAUAAAGAUAUUUAAAGUAGCUAAUUACAAAAACGAAGAUGAACUAUUAUAUAAAUAUAUUAUGAAAUCAAAAUUUACAUCGAGAGGUGGAAAAAGAUUUCAUAAAAAUAUAUCGAAAGAAUAUAAAAAGAUAUUUUGUAUAGAACCUCUAAUAAAAAAACAUCCUUGUGAAAAUGAUAUAUUAUGGAAUCGAUUUUUUUCUAUAAUAAAAAAGCAUAAUCCUGAUGUAGUUAAUUCUAAAAAAAUUUUAAGAGAAACCUAUCGUUUAGUUUUUAGUAAAAUAAAUUUCGCAAAUGAUCAAAUAGUUCAAUUAUUUGAAAACAAAGGUUUCCAUAUUUUUAACAAUUUUACACCGAAUUCAAAUGAUAUGAAUCGUGAGAAUAAAAAUGAGGAAAUAAAUUCCAAAGAUCGGGAAAAAAAAAAAAUUGAAAUUAAAAAAAAAUUAAAAAUUGAAAUUAAAAAAAAAUUAAAAAUUGGACAUGAAAGGAAAACAUGUGUAAUAAAUUAUAUCACCAAUUUGAAAAGUUUUAUUCUUGAUUAUAUAGAAAAAAAUAAAACUAUAUAUCAUAAUUUUUAUGAUUUAAAAAAAAAUAUAAAUAUGCCAAAAAAUGUUCAAUAUGAUGAUAUUAUAUCUAGAAAUACAAAUAUUUUUCAUUUUACAAAAUUUAAUGAUAUAAACAAUUCAAGUUUAAAUGGGUCUAAUAAUCCAAUAAAUAACGAUCCCAUAUUAGAAAGAAAAUCAGAAAAUGUUGAAAACCUUAAUGUAGAUCAUAAUCAUUCCGCUUCAAUUAAUAACACAGCAUUUGUUAUUAAGUCAAGUCUAUUAAGUAAGAAAAAAAAUAAAAAAAAUAGUGAUGAUAAUACAACAAAUGAAGUAUCAUCACCUCCUAAAACUGAUUCUGAAAUUUAUUGUAAUGAAAUAGUAAAUAAUACAAUAGAUAAUAUAUUAGAUAUAAUGAUUCAAAACUCCGGUUUUGGGAAUAUAAAAAUAUUAUUAGGAAUAUAUAAUUCUUUACAAAAUAAUAAGAAUUUUAAGUUAAUUAAUUUUAAACAUGUAUUCGACAAAUAA